GCUACAAAUAGUUUACUGUCAAAAUUCAAUGUUCCCAUAUCUCGUAUUCGGAUUUUUAGAUGAGAAAUUGAAGAGUAGAGCUCUGCAGAAGGCUAUUACUAUCAUCACUAUCAUUCUUUCCACCUUCCGAUGCGCUCCAAAAAACCACCAAAGGCUGCGAAGCCCCAGCUCAAUCCGUAUACGCGCUUUUUCGAUGCCCAGAAAUCCCUGCCCCUGGACAAGGGUGACAAUAAUAAUGGCCAAAAGCCAUUAGGAGGCGUCUAUAAUCGCGAAAGCGUUUACGUUCUCUCAAAUAAGUCGCGUGGCAAGCGUCGGCCUGUUCGCGAAAAUAAUCACCUGCCCACCUGGCGACGACGUGGCGGUGGUGGUGCUGGUAACGAGGACCACAUCAUGGUCGUUACCCAGGAUAACACACAACAGCUGAAGGACAAACCAGUGUAUACUGCCUCCCAGCUGGAUGCCAUUUGCUAUAACGUCAUCAAGGAGCCACCGAUGCAAUUCCAUGUGGACGGCACCGACAUAGUGCCCAGUAUCCGCGGCCUGAGACUGAGCGUCUGCGUGGAGCACACGCGAUUCCAGUUGGUGGGCAAGGUGACGAGGAACAUGGGCUUUCAGCAUGUGCCCGAGCACAGAUUGUGGAAUAUCCAGUGGUCGGACUCGACGCCCCAUCACGAUCUGUUGCGGAGCAUGAAGCGAUUUCAGCAGAUCAACCAUUUUCCCGGCAUGGUGGAGAUAUGUCGCAAGGAUCUGCUGUCGAGGAACCUGAAUCGGAUGCUGAAGCUAUUUCCCGGCGACUAUCGCAUCUUUCCCAAGACCUGGCUCAUGCCAACAGAUGCCUACGAUGUGGCCAUCUAUGCCAGCAAACACAAGAGGACCUUCAUUCUGAAGCCCUAUUCGGCGGGUCAGGGACGUGGCAUUUGGAUAACCACUGAUCUGCGGACCGUGGGCAAGCGGGAAAAGCUCAUCUGCCAGACCUACAUUGAGCGGCCCCUGCUGAUUGACGGCUACAAGUUUGACCUGCGGGUCUACACUCUGGUCACCUCGGUGGAUCCAUUGCGGAUUUUCGUCUACAAUGAGGGCCUCGCACGCUUUGCCACACAGAAGUACGUGCCGCCAACGAUAGGAAAUAGCCACAAUGUGUUCAUGCACCUGACCAAUUACUGCCUGAAUCGACGAAACUCGCAGUAUAUGGUGGGCAAUGGACCGGAAGCGGGCUCGAAGCGGAAGCUCAGCGCCUUCAAUAAAUGGCUAGUGGAUCACAACUACGAUGUGGCCGAGUUCUGGGCGAGUGUCGAUGAUGCGAUCAUCAAGACGCUGAUCAGUGCUUGGCCCACCUUGAAGCACAAUUACAAUGUGUGCUUUCCGAAGCACGACAAGAUACAGGCCAGCUUCCAGCUGCUCGGCUUUGACAUCCUGGUGGACUGGAAGCUCAAGCCCUACAUCCUGGAGGUCAAUCAUACGCCCAGUUUGAGUGCAGAUGAGUCGGUGGACAUGGAGGUAAAGCGACCACUCAUUCGCGACACCCUCAAUAUGUUGAGCACGGCUUUGGUGGACAAGGAGCAGAUCAUACGCGACGAUCGAACCGAACACAGGGCCAGGCUGUUGAGGAAUAUCUACAACAAGAAGGCCGCAGCACAGAUGCCGGGCUAUUCGUCGCCAACGCGAGAAGUUGGUGGCCACGAUGUGCGGCAGGCCUGCUCCAUUGGCGCACUGACCCAGCAGAUUGCCUGGGAGGAGAGUCACCUAGGCAACUACCGGCGCAUAAUGCCCCCGCGGGACUCGGAAAAGGUAAACUACUAUUGCAAGUUCUACGAGCAGAACAAGCAGCCCAUGUUUGCAGAUACACUUGCUAGCCGUCGACGCGAGGAACUGAAUCACCAGGCAAUGCAGAAACACCAGCGCGACCGCCUGCAGGAUCAGUUUCAGCAGCAGCAGCUUUUGGCGCAGGCGCAGCAUCGCAUGGGCAAACAAGUCCGUUGGCCGGGUGAUCAGCUGCAAGCUCCCCAAGUGAAUCCCGUCAUCCUGCAGUCGAGGAGGCGUCGCGAGGAGGCCGAAGCCCAGGCGAAAAAGCAUCGAGCUGUGAUCGCACGAGAAAUUCAGCGCCAGAAGGAGCAGCUAUUGGCGCCCAUUUGCGCCAAGGAGCGUUUGGGCAUCUGGCAGAGUGUCCGCCGGGAGAAGCUACGCAAGUUUUCGCCCAAACGCAGCAGCAGCAUCACGAAGGCCCAUCGACGUAAGCACCAGCGGAAUCUCAGCCAGCGGGUUCGGCAACAGCGGAUGCUCGAAAUGGAGGCCCAACGGGAUGCCAAGUUUCUGGAGCAGCACGCCAAGAAGCAACGUCUCGAGGGCGGCAAGGGGACAACAACGGGUCAAAGUGAAACCCCGGGCUCAAAGAAAAGCAAAGGCAGCUUUAAAGGCAAGGUCAGCUUAAAAAGCAAAAUGAGGUUAAAGGGAAAAGCAUUUCCCAAAAAGCGAAUUCUUCGGGAAAGCAACCAAAGUCUGGUGACCAAAUCCAAGGAAAAGCUUGCACAUAGCUCCAAAACUCGGCAAUCCAACCAGUGGACAGCAGGAACCAUAAGUGAAGUGGAAACCGACCAACAUCUCAGCUGGCGAAAGGAGAGAACCAAUCAGUUGAACGGCACACGGCUCAGGGAGUUGAUAUUCUCGAAAAUGUACGAAAACGGCCACCUGACCAAGAACGAUAUCAAGUGCUUUCCGGAUCUACUUUAUCGCAUACUCAGCAAGGACUUCAAGGAAGCGAGUAGUCAAUAGAUUUCUGGGCAAUAUGUAUGUGCGUUGGCACAGUGAAAUGUCUGUGCAGCCAUUGUUGUAUACUGCUACCUUAGUGUCGUUGAAAUUAAAAAUGAAAUCUGACUACGUUGUACUCAAAAGAACCAGGUUUUAUUUGAU